CUCGUACUCGUCUCGUUACUAUGUACGCUUGGAUGUGAUUUUACGCCUUUGAUUUCGGCGCGAUGUCGUGCUGUUUGCUCGUCGCUCCACUAUGUUUUCAGCCUACCAGAAUAGAACGUAAGAUCCGAAUCAGCAUAAAAAUCUCUCAAAUUUCGUCUUCGUUAAAAUUUUGGAAGGAGUACCGAAACAUUUGUAAGCCCGGCAACGGUGUGGAGGAUCGGCUCGGCUGUCAUCUGUCACGUGCGGCAUUGAAGAUUGAGGUUAUAGAUUUUGUGGUUAUAGAAGUGUUGCUUUUUUAAAUAACAAGGCUAUGAUUUUCUAACUGUAGGAUUAUUUGAAAGCGAAAUAAAUUAUCAUUACCCACUAUGAUGCUAAGGAAGCUUAAAACUAUUUCAGACCCAUUCAAAUCGUUAUGUCAGCGCAAUGAGGGGUUAUCUGGUCUCAUUUCAAUACUCAGACAAAAUUCGACAGAAGGGCCUUCAACAGAAUCUGUUGCUUCAACAUCCAGUGAAUCACCUAAGAAAAAUAUUAAUAAGGCUAUGAAAGCCUACCUAGAAAGAGCUCAAGAGCAUGAAGAUUUCAUGAAAAAGCAAAGAGAAGAAUUUCAAAUUGGCAAACGACAUUUAGCAAAUAUGAUGGGUGAAAACCCAGAGACUUUCACACAAGAUGAUAUUGAUAAUGCAAUAGAAUACCUUUUUCCAUCUGGACUUUAUGAGAAAAGGGCAAGACCAUUUAUGAAACCUCCUGAAGAAGUAUUUCCACAGAGAAAAGCUGCUGAGUUUGAUGAAACAGGAAGGCCAUUCCACUUUUUGUUCUACACUGGGAAGCCCAAUUUUUAUCAAGUAUUAUAUGAUGCUGUAGAACAUAUGAAUGAGCUGAAUAGGUUUGAAGAUGUCAUGAUUCGUAAAGGGCUUGAACCAGAUCCCAAUUUGAAGCUAAUUAUCAGGAUAUCAGUGGUUGGACAAAGAGUCAGUUGAAAAAAGGCUGGUUGAAACUGUAGCAGAUAGAGAUUAUGACAGUCUUAUCAAUGCUUUGGAAAGAUUAAGUCAAUUGCCAUACGCCUACAAAGUCAAGGACUUCAUAUUCCAGUAUAUGAUUCCACUGAUGAGUCAGAUUAAAACUAUUGAAGCUCCAAAACCUCAAUAUGAUACAGAUGGCAGGGCUUAUAUCACUGUUUAUGAGUGCCUAAGAAAAAGAGCUAGGGGUGAUGUGACUAUAAGGUCACCUGGCACAGGCAAGAUAAGUAUAAAUGGAAGUGAUAUCACAUAUUUUGAGGAUGUACAGUGCAGGGAGCAGGUUAUGGUUUUAUGCCAUCUAUACAGGGUGUCCCAGAAGUUGACGUCAAGCAGAAACCGGGUGAUAGGC